UGCCCCCUCUACAUGGAACCACAAAAUCUAACGGGUGUCUCAGAAUUCUUUCUCCUGGGCCUCUCAGAUGAUCCAGACCUGCAGCCCCUUCUCUUUGGGCUCUUCCUGUCCAUGUACCUGGUGGCCAUGCUUGGGAACCUGCUCAUCAUCCUGGUCAUCAGCUCUGACCCCCACCUCCACACCCCCAUGUACUUCUUCCUCUCCAAUUUGUCCUUGGCUGACAUCAGUAUCAGCACCACCACCAUCCCCAAGAUGCUAGUGAACCUCCAGACACAGAGCAAAUCCAUCACCUAUGCAGGCUGUCUAGCGCAGGUGACCUUCCUGUCCCUUUUCGCAGGUUUGGAGAGUCUCCUUCUGACAGUGAUGGCCUAUGACCGGUUGGUGGCCAUCUGUCACCCCUUACACUACCUGGUCAUCAUGAACCCCCGCCUAUGUAUCUUGCUGGUCCUGGCAUCAUUUGCCGUCAGUCUUUUGACCUCCCAACUGCACUACUUGAUGAUGUCACAGCUUACCUUCUGUACAAAUGUGGAAAUUCCUCAUUUCCUUUGUGACCCUCCUCAGCUCCUCAACCUUGCCUGUUCUGAUACCUCCACCAGUAAAAUAUUAAUUUAUUUCAUUGGUACUGUUGUUGGUGGGAUUCCACUCUCGGGGAUACUUUACUCUUAUAUUCGAAUUAUAUCCUCCAUUCUGAGAGUCUCUUCAUCAGCGGCUAAGUCCAAAGCCUUCUCCACCUGUGGCUCUCACCUGUCCGUUGUUUGCUUAUUUUAUGGAACUGGCCUUGGGGUGUACCUCAGCUCAGCCGUCUUGUCUUCCCCCAGGAAUGGUGCAGUGCCCUCGGUGAUGUACACUGUGGUCACCCCUAUGCUGAACCCCUUCAUCUACAGCCUAAGGAACAAAGACAUUAAGAGUACUCUGUGGAGGAUUAUCAGCAGAAUAGCCUAA